UAUCCGAUCGGCUGUGUAGAGUGCGCUUGUCGAGAAGCUUGGUUUCCAGAGUGGUUCAUUGAAAUUUGUCUGUGAGGAAAGCAAUUCAAAUUAUGGAUAGCAAAAUCUUUCUAGUCCUUUUUGUCUUGAUUGCUGUCGCAAAAACCAGCACCGGGUUAAAGUGUUACGCUUGCUCAUCGAGUCCGAGCAUUUAUAGCAGGGACUGUGACUUGGGUACUCCUAAUGUCCGUUACGGCACUUGUCCCACAAAAAAAAAAUACUAUUGUAUUACUAGACGAACUAACGACGCGAACGGAAACAGCACUGUUUUGAGAGACUGCUCCAGUAACCCCACCUCAAAGGAUUAUUCUUGCAGUUCUGAUUAUUGUAACCCGGCUACGACGACUCGCCCACACAUCUGGAUUUGGACAUUUGGAUUGCUCGUCGUUUCCUUUUUCUCGAAAAUUGAAAAUUUCAUUUGAGUGAAUGAUUUUGCACCGAAAGAUCUAAAGUUAUUAUCUUCUGGUGCAAUUGCUUUAUUUCGUGAUUAAAAAUCUAAUAAUUUCAAAAAUGAAAAUCGAAAAUACAGGAAGCAGUUUAUUCUGA